AUGCUACAGGAUGAGAGCAUCGCCGUGAGCUCUAUAAAGACCGACCUGGAUCCUCCCCAGAAGAUCAUCCACGAAAGGAGCCCGUUCUCAAUUAAAGCCAGAAAGCACCAAGACAACAUGACCACUUCUAACCUCCCAAACAAGAGUGUCUCCUACAACGGCGAGGAGGUGCCCGUCUGUGAGCUAGAAACAAUCAACUUCAGUCAGCUUCUGUCACAAGAGCCAGAUGAGAUCAACAAGCUCCUGCGAUGUUGUCAGGAUGCCGGGUUCUUCUAUCUUGACCUUGAUGAUAUUGAUGGAAAACGGAUGUUGGAGGACCAUCAGCGACUACUUUCUCUCAUGCGUCGUUUCUUCAAUUCGCUCCCCAGCGAGAAGAAUGAAAUUGGCCUCCCGUCUCUGGAGCACGGCUACGAGCCAGUGGGCAACCAUACUGGCGUAGUGGAAGGUACAAUGGACGGCUAUGAGAUUCUUCAAGUGUCCCGAGACGAGAUCAGAACGCCAAACCCAAAUCUCCCCUCGAUUGUCCACAACGCAGAUGACAUCAAAACAUUCUCCGACUUCAUCGCCGAUUCCAACAUCGUUACCAAGACCAUGCUCUCCUGUCUCUCUACAGCCCUUGGACUGAGUGGCGAGGCCCGCUUUGAGAACGCUCACCGCAACGAGCAUAAAUCCAAUUCAGCCCUCGCCAUGAUGCGGUACCUGCCCGGUGAUCCGAAAUCAAGCAAGGAAAUCGGUCACCAGAAGCACACGGAUAUCGGAUCACUCACUCUCCUCUUUUCGGAACAAUGGGGGCUUCAGGUUCUCCCACCCGGCUGUGAUACCUGGAGUUUUGUCGAGCCCAGGAAGGGACACGCUGUUGUUAACGUUGGAGACUCGUUACGCUUUGCUUCCGGUCACAGACUGUUCUCUUGUAUCCACCAAGUUGUCCCAAUCGACAAUGUCGCAGAUCGGUAUAGUAUCGCCUUCUUCCUCCGCCCAGAAAACGAUGCAAAAUACUUGGAUAGUCAGGGUCGAUGGGUAACGGCUGGGCAAUGGCAUGAUGAGAAGUUUGAUGUCUUCAAAGCCCCUCAUGCAGAACAGAGGCUGGUAAAUUCCAUGUUGGUUGGGGGGAUGGAAGUAUGA